AUGUGUGACCAGCCACAGAUUCAGUGUUGCCUGCCACAAUCCCAGUGCUUUGUGAAGGGUUCUCUUAUCCACCCCUCCCAGCCCCUCUCUGCCAAGAGCCAGGUGAUGGUCCAAGCCCCUUGUGAGAUGCAAAUUGUGGAGUGCCCUGCACCAUGCCCAGUUCAAGCUUCCCAGGUGAAGUGCCAGGCUCCACGCCCGUCUAAGACCACCCAGGCUCCGUGCCAGGCUCCAUGCCAGCCUCAGAUCUCCUGGACCCAAGACGCAGGCCGGUCUGAGGUAUCCCACGUGCAAUAUGAAGCCCCAUACCCUGUGCAGACCUGCUUUGUGGAAUGUGCUCCAGCUUGCUACCCAGAAAUUUGCUACGUGGAAUGCCCAGUCCACACCUAUGCACCCUGUCCAGCUCCUCAGCCGGUCAGGAAUUAUGUAGCAGGACCCCCAGUAUGCCAGACGCAGGGGAGAUUCUCUACCCAGGGCCGAUAUCAGGGCUCCUACAGCAGCUGUGCCCCCCAGCAUCAGUCCCGGGCUUCAUUUGGCACCUCUGCACCCCGAUGCCAGACCCAGGGCUCUUAUGGGGGCUUCACUGCACAGCGUCGCUCUCAGAGCACCAGCAGAUGCCUCCCUCCUCGCCAGCUGCAGCCUUCUAGCCGCAGCUGCUCCCCGCCGCGGCGCUCCGUGCCCUACUACAGCAGCUGCCUGCCACCAAGAUGCUCCUCGGGCUCCUCCAGUUACUGCACCCCGCCCCGCCGCUCUGAGCCCAUCUACAGCAGCGGCUGUCCGCGGCGUCCCACGUCAGGCUGCUCCCAGAGGUGUGGACCCAAGUGCCGAAUAGAGAUUUCCUCCCCGUGCUGCCCCAAGCAGGUCCCCCCUCAGAAGUGUUCUGUUCAGAUUCCUCCCAUCAGACGCUGCCCCGAGAGUUGUGCCCCACGACCCUCCUGGGGUACCUCCUGCCCGGAGCUGAGGCCACGCGUAGAGCCACGUCCAUGCUCAAGCUUCUGUCCUCCGCAGCGUGUGAACCAAUGUCCAGAGCCGUCACUGAAGCCAUGUCCACGUCCUUCUCCACGCCCACGUCCCCUUCCGGCUCCACGCACGUACCCACGGCCAGAACCGUGUGCAAGUCCAGAGUUCCGGCCAUGUCCUCCACCAUGGCGACUUUCAGAACCCAGUCUGUGUCCGGAGCCACGUCCAGCCCCGCGUCCUCACCCAGCAGAGUGUGAGCUUCCAGAGCCAUGUCCACGUCCACAGCCCCGUGAGCGUCCAGAAUCUUGUCUGCCUCCAGAACCAAUUCCUCUUCCUCCACCCUGCCCAAGCCCAGAGCCAUGUGUGGCGCCUCCGCGUUGUCUCGGCCCAUGCUUGGGCCCAAAUCCAAUGCCAAGCACAGGAGACCUAGGCUGUCGUGAGUCCAGUCCAUGCCGCCUGGAUACCGAGGCCCCCAGCUAUGGCCCAGCUGGUUAUAACCAGGGGCAGGAAAGUGAUGCUAGCUGUAGACCUUGUGAUGUGUUUCCAGAGCCGAGGGGUCUUGGUGGGUGCAGAGACCAAGGAGGCACCUGUGUUGGAGUGAAAAGUGGGGUCUGUGCUGGAGCAAAGAGUGCCUAUUUUUAAAGAAAGUGUGACUGAGACAUCCUUGCCUCCUGCCCUGAAAAUGUUGCUCCUGCAUUCCCAUCUGCCACAGUUUCCAACAUGUUCUUGUUUGUGUGUCUCCAAAGAUGUUCAGAGCCUCCCUGCUGCAGAGGUGAUGUCCAAACUCCUUUGCGUGCCAUCUCAGGGUCCACACCUGAGUCUCAGGCACCUCUCCAGCCUCACGUCUGACUCCUCCCUUGAACACACCCUCAGUUCUAGCCAGGCCUGUUUGGCCACCAGCGCACAUGUCUUGGGAGUUCCCCAGGACACGCCUUCGGUGUCCUUGCCUCCAAGCCUCUUUUCACUCUUUCCCCAAGACCUGGACCACUUCUCUGCUACUUCCAGCAUCUGAAAUCCAACCCAUCUUUCAAGACCUCUUCCUUGGAGUCUUUUCUCCUUGUUCCUAC